CUCCAUUAUCCGCCUCAGCCAAAUGCCCCAGACGAGAAGAUACUGGGAAUCGGAGCUCAUACCGAUUUUGUGGUGAGUCCGAAUGUCUGAACUCCCAAUGACUUUUAAUCAUGGGCAGUGUUUCACGAUUCUCUGGCAACAAGCAGGCAUCGAGGCGCUCCAAGUUUUGAACUCUCGUGAACAAUGGAUCAAUGUACCGCCACUGCCAGGAACCCUCGUUAUCAAUCUUGGAGAUCAGUUUGCGCGUUGGACAAACGAUGUUUUCAAGUCUACUGUGCAUCGAGCCUCCAACAAGAAUAUUGUCGAUCGGUACUCUAUUGCGUUAUUCUUUGGCACUGACUACGAGGUUAACAUCGAGGCUAGUCAUCUAAAUUUUGUUUCACUAACUAUCUGAUGGAUCUGAUUUGCUUCAUUGCAGCCAAUCUACACCUGCGUGUCAGCUGAAAACCCAGCAAAAUAUCCGGCUAUCACCGCCGGAGAGUAUGUGAGGCAACGAUUGAAAGCCAUGUAUAAUAAAUCGUAGUUGCUAUGUAGGAGCAAUAUUACGGGUGAACUUCGGUGGAUCAUACAUAUGUGCUAGUACCAAUAUUGAAUUUUGAGUAUUCGAGUUAUCUUAU